ACGUUACCGGAAAUCGCGGGGAGGGUCAAAGGAGACCCGGUCUCCGAGGCUCAUGGCGAUGCUGGUCCUAGUACCCGGAAGAGUUACGCGGCCUCUGGGUGGCCAAGUUUGGCGCUUCUUGCCUCGCGGACUCGAGUUUUGGGGCCCAGCCGAGGGGACUGCGAGAGUCUUGCUGAGGCAGUUCUGCGCGCGGCAAGCGGAGGCGUGGCGUGCCUCGGGGCGCCCUGGCUAUUGCCUGGGAACCCGGCCCCUCAGCACUGCGAGGCCGCCACCCCCGUGGUCGCAGAAGGGCCCCGGAGACUCCACGCGCCCCUCGAAGCCCGGGCCUGUUUCCUGGAAGUCUUUAGCAAUCACAUUUGCUAUUGGAGGAGCUUUACUGGCUGGAAUGAAGCACGUCAAGAAAGAAAAGGCAGAGAAGUUAGAGAAGGAACGGCAGCGACACAUCGGCAAGCCUUUACUUGGGGGACCGUUUUCCCUCACAACUCAUACUGGGGAGCGUAAAACUGACAAGGACUACUUGGGUCAGUGGUUAUUGAUUUAUUUUGGCUUCACUCAUUGCCCUGAUGUCUGUCCAGAAGAACUAGAAAAGAUGAUUCAAGUCGUGGAUGAAAUAGAUAGCAUUACAACUCUGCCAGAUCUAACUCCACUUUUCAUCAGCAUCGACCCAGAGAGGGACACAAAAGAAGCCAUCGCAAAUUAUGUGAAAGAAUUUUCUCCCAAACUGGUUGGCUUGACUGGCACGAGAGAAGAGGUUGAUCAAGUGGCCAGAGCAUACAGAGUGUAUUACAGCCCUGGCCCCAAGGACGAAGAUGAAGACUACAUAGUGGAUCACACAAUAAUAAUGUACUUGAUUGGACCAGAUGGUGAGUUUCUAGAUUAUUUUGGCCAGAACAAGAGGAAGGGAGAAAUAGCUGCUUCAAUUGCCGCACACAUGAGGCCAUACAGGAAAAAGAGCUAGCCAAAGCAGUGUUGCUGGAUGCAUUAUUCUCUUGCUAAGAGGAAGGAAACUGUCUGGCAUAGGAGCCUAUAUAAAUAUAAACAUAUGUACGUGCACUCUACAGAAUGGCCUUCAUACCAUGAGAACAUUUCUGUUUUGGAUGGGGAUGUUACCCUUGCGUUCAACCAAAAUUGAUUCUUGGAACUGUAAAGAUUACAACCCAAAGUCUCCCAGGAAGCUGUGGGGAGACCAGAGGAUCAAGCUGAAGUGAAGCCAGUGAAGAGCCCACCUGCGGAAGGACAUGGCGGGGCGAGGCACAGCCAGUGCAUUUCUGCCUGCGAACAGGCCCUCCCAGCAGCUUUGCCGCCUCUGCAUCAUCUUGGACCCUUGCUCAAAUAGCUGUGGGACUGAAUUUCACAGAAAAGAAUAUAAUUUCCAUAGUGCUCUUGCUUGCUUCUUCUUGAGUUCUUUGCUUUUCUGAGUUCUUGGUGGCUAAUAACAGUCAGAUUAGGGUCUCUGCCAUUCAGAGUUGAUGCUUGAAAACUUUAGUUUUCCUUAUUAAUGAAUAUCACUAUCAGAUUUGACUAAUGAAGAGGAAAUCUAUUGUUUGGGGGGAAAAAAACAUCAGUUUGAUUUCUCUAGGGGUUCCUUUAUGUGAUUUUUAGCUAAGUGGUGUGCCAGGUUUUCAGUGACAUACCAAAUGGAAAUAAGAGGAUAUUGAUCACGAGUGUGAUGCUGAGUACCUUUCUGCAUACACUGGAUUGUACUUUGUGUAAAGUAAACAUACUCAGUUUUGCUGUUCAGACAA